CUCCAAAUUUGGAUAGUUCAAUUCUUUAUUCCACAAUUCAUUUUUAUAACUAAUAUUAGUUAUUUUUUAAGCUGUUCUUGAUAAAAAUGGAUUUUUGGUUUCUCUUCAAGCACUCAAUCUCUAUAGGAACCUAAAACUAGCUCUUUUAGAAGUUGCUGAAGCAUCUGGACUAUUCAGCAUGUGUUUUAGUUGCAUAUAUUGUCAUGAAGUUUGUGAAUAAAUCAGAAUGCAGCCUCUCAAUAUCUUUAAAACAGUCAUUUAAAUUAAUUUAUUUAAAAUAUUGAUCCAAUGGCUCACCUGGGGAUUCCAAUAAAACACAUUCCCUACCUUCAAAUUAGAGUUAUUUCACAGUGUUAAUUUCUCGUGUGAUUCAGGUUCAAAACGUAAUCAUUUACCUAUUUAAUAACCAAAUGUGCUUGGCAGCUUUCAAGAUUAGAGACAAAGAUCCCCGUUUAAUAUACCUGGACUUGAAAACUUGCCAAGAUUUGAGAGGUGUUAUAUGCUUAGCCUUCAAAUGAACCCCAAAAGUGGAAAACUCAUAGAAGACUAUCUUACCUACUAUAGCAAAAUAAAAUCAAGAUGAAAUCAACACAAAUUAUCCCUAAUAAUAAUGGAAGCUAUUUUUGUUGCAAUAGGCUGUAAUUAUUUCUUUCCCUUGAAUAUUUUAUAAUAAUACUAUUUUAUGAUACUUUUCAGUAUGGAGCAAAGAGAAUGAUUCAUUUGAUAUUGUGGCUGAUGUAUUUGGGAAAGAAAUGUGCUGACACACACAAGAGCUGAGUGUAGCUGAGAUUUCUGAAGGCAAAUUUGCCUUAAGAAUAAUUUUCUUUGGCUAGGGAAAGCCAGAUGAGCCAGCCUUAUGGAAGACAAAGUAACACCCUUAUGGCAACGCCCACAUUGCAGAAAGUAUAAAUAGAUACCUGGGUAUAUGUCAGCAUUUGCAGCCUAUCUUUGCAUCAAGCUGUGCAUCUUUGGCUUUAUUAUUUUUUCUGGCUCCUUGAUCUUGCUUCUAAAAUUAAUUUGAUAUGAGUUGCAGGUCCAAACAGACUAUGAUGUACACCAAGGGGAGAAGCUCCAGUAGUAGCUGUGGUGGAAUAAGGGUAGUUUCAGGAAUCUCUGGGAGAGGUUCCUCCUCUGUUGUAAGUAGUGUUGGAGGCGGUGUAUCUGGGAGGACCUUUUCUAGUGGCGUCUCUUAUGGAGGGGCAAGUUGCACUGAUGGUGGCUUUGGAGGGAGCUAUUUGUAUGGUUCCGGGGGCAGUUUCUGCUUUGGGCAAAUUGGUGGUGGCUUUGGCAUUAGCAAUGAAACCACCUUGAUCUCCUGUGAUGAGAAGAUGACCAUGCAGAACCUCAAUGACCGCCUGGCCUCUUACUUGGAGAAAGUGAAAAAUCUUGAGGAGGAGAAUGCUGAUCUUGAAGCCCGAAUUAGGCAAUGGUAUGACCAACAAGGCCCACCAUCUGAGCUAAAGGAUUAUAGCUCUUAUUAUCAACAAAUUGAGGAGUUAAAGAAUCAGAUAGUUUGUGCCACUGUGGAUAAUAGUAAGCUUAUCCUGGAUAUUGAUAAUAACCGCAUGACUGCUGAUGAUUUCAGGUUGAAGUAUGAAACUGAAUUGGCUCUUUGCCAAAAUGUGGAAGCUGAUAUCAAUGGAUUGCGCCAGGUCCUGGAUCAACUGACUCUCUGUAGAUCUGAUUUGGAGGCACAACUUGAAUCCCUCCGGGAAGAGUUGUGCUGUAUCAAGAAGAACCAUGAAGAGGAAAUUAAGAGUCUGAAGAGUCAGACUUGUGGUGAUGUUAGUGUGGAAGUUAAUUCUUCCCCAGGUCCAGAUCUGAAGAAGGUUCUGGAAGAAAUGAGAUGUCAGUAUGAAACCAUGAUUGAGAACAACCGCAAAGAAGUUGAGCAGUGGUAUGAACGCAAGAUGGAAGAAGUGAAUCAGGAGGUCUGCAUCAGUAGCAAAGAAGUUGAGGAUUGCAACAAUCAAGUUGUUGACCUGAAACGUCAACUGCAAACCUUAGAAAUAGAUUUGCAGGCUCAGCUUUGCUUGAGGGAAUCACUCCAAGACUCCUUGGGCGAGACUGAAUGCCGCUACAAUACCCACCUGGCUGAAAUACAGAACCAGAUCUCCCUUGUGGAACAGCAGCUAGCAGAGUUGAGGGCAGAGAUGGAGUGUCAGAAUCGAGAAUACAGAGAACUUCUAGAUGUCAAGUGUCGCUUGGAACAGGAGAUCCAGACCUACCGCUCCCUUUUAGAGGAAGGGCAGCAAGACAUUAGUAGUCCGAGCAGCAGCCCUUCUGGAGGUGGACUUUGCAAACAUUCAGGAGGAGUUAGAGUCCUCUCUCAUUCUUACAGUAGCUCUAGUCCUGGCCAGGCCUCCUCUUCGGACCUGAAAGGAUACAGCAGAUGAAUGAACAAUAAGAUCUUCAACUAAGAAAGGCUUCGCAACUCUAUUCUAUACUGCACACUGGUUCGUAUCAGUUAGCAAAAGAGGAAUCUUCCCUCUAGUUAUUGAACGCUGUUCAUGGCAAAUAUCCAUCAGUGGGUUGUCUUAACUAGCAGAUUUGCCCACCUCUCAAGCUUAGAUAUGACCAUUAACAUGUGCAUUUCUUAAUUUCUGUG